GCGGUUCGGUCUUGGGAGCACGUUUUUCAAUUUAUAAAUCAACAAAUACAUGCGGUGAUAAGACGCACGAUAAGGAAUAAAAUAACUUGAACGUAAAAUAAUACGUUAGUGCUAACGGUGACUGUUGAGGCGUCUUGAGUUGCCCUUAAAAAUAUUACAUAAUGGAUAAACCCAGUUGCGUCUGCCUGAAGGAGGGUGCUUUGGUAGGCAUUGGUAAUCCCUUGCUGGAUAUCUCGGCCAUCGUUGACGACGAACUGCUCAAGAAGUAUGGUCUGCAGCCGGACGAUGCUAUCAUGGCUGAAGAGAAGCACAUGCCCUUGUAUAGAGAACUUAUGGAAAACGUACUUUCUGGCAUUGCCGGCCAGCCAGCCAAGUACAAAGCGGAGUUCAUAGCUGGGGGCAGCGUGCAGAACUCGCUUCGUGUCGCACAGUGGAUCCUCAAAAAGCCACACAUAUGCACGUACUUCGGAUGCGUCGGGAACGACGACUAUGCCAAGAUAUUGAAGGAAAGGGCCGUCGCAGAGGGCGUGACGGUGCACUACCAAGUCACAUCCGAAGCCCCUACAGGCACCUGUGCUGUGCUGGUGACAGGCACCCAUCGGUCCCUGUGCGCCAACUUGGCCGCCGCACAGAAGUUCACCGCAGACCACCUUGCUAAGGAAGAGUGCAAGAAGAGCAUAGAGGCGGCGAAGUUCUUCUACGCUUCUGGUUUCUUCGUAGCAGUGUCGCCCGAGGCGAUCAUGCAACUAGCGUCGCACGCGCACAACCGUCGGCACUCUUUCGUCAUGAACCUCAGCGCGCCCUUCGUCUCGCAGUUCUUCAAGGAACCACUUGAGAAGCUGCUGCCGUAUGUCGACGUGCUGUUCGGGAAUGAAUCUGAGGCAGAAGCAUUCGCAAAGGCAUUCAACAUCAUCUCCACGGACUUGCAACAAGUCGCGCUCAGGAUAGCCGCCAUGCCGAAGGUCAACGAGUCCCGCAAACGUGUCGUAGUCAUCACGCAAGGCUGCGAACCGGUCAUCCUGGUGGAAAACGGAGAGAUCUCGCUUAUCCCUGUCAGUGUAUUGGCCAGGGAACAGAUUGUAGACACCAAUGGGGCAGGUGACGCUUUCACAGGAGGAUUCCUAGCUCAAAUGGUGCUCGGAGCCUCGUACAAAACUGCCGUAAAGUGCGGGAUAUACAGUGCUACUCAUAUUAUCCAACACUCGGGCUGCACGUUCAGUGGUCAAAGCUGUUUCGCGGACAGCUAACUUUGGUGGACAGACGAUCAGCUGUUAAGGCAACAGUGAAUAUUCGCGCUGUGUUUAGGAAAGUUGUCUAGACGACAUAUCAGUUUUUGUUAGUAUAAUUCGAAUGAAAGAAACUCGACUGUUAGACCAGGGACUAUAAUUUCUUCUUUGUUAACGCCCGGUUCACACAUGUCUCCGUUUUACUGUUCCGUUUUAUCGUGUAUGUUUUUGUAUGUAUUACUCUAUACAGAAUACUGUGUCAUGUGUGAAGUCGUUCAUACAACUACAUACGCCAUCGACGAAAAAUAAACGUACCUACACGAUAAAACGGACGGAGACAUGUGUGAACAGACUAAUUCGUCCCCUUGCCACAGUUUACUUGUUGUUACAUAGGUACAUGUUUGUUUCAGACUUUUAUACAACCUUACUAGAUUCGUCUCUGGUCCCUACUAACUUUCUCUUAUCAGUCUACCUUUUGUACAGUAAAUGCUAUCAAUUCCCAAAUAAACUUUAGGCAAACCAGACCAAUUUUAAAGUCGAGUUUCUUCAAAGUGGAGUGAACUUUGUGUGGUGUGAGGUUCGAAAACGGUAACCAUGUAAGUACAUAAUAAUUUGGGACUCAUUUCUCAAUCGUCAAAUCUAUUUUUGGAAAUAACUGUUGAUAGUAUGGUUACAUUUCAAUUAACUGACUAUUAACGUUGACUCGUUGCUCUUCAACUCGAAAUUAGCACACAGAUAUCGCUGGAGUAUGCAUUGAUCUGCGCGCACUACCUAUAUUGGCGCGCUCACAUACAAACCGCGCUCGGUGCGUUUCUAUGAAGAUGACCUACUCAUUUGUAUUUACUCUGGCACUACAAAAUCCGGCUAAUAACUCGAAUGUGAACUAUUCCUGAUGUAAAUAAACUAAUGCGUUGAUUCUGUCACACGUUGUCCCAGAAAGUUAUUUGACGAUUGAAUAAUCUGCCCUGAAGAUUAAAACACGCACACAACAAUAUUGUUAUCAUUAAUCUACAGUGGUUCAUACUUCAUUCAUUCAUGUAAUUAUACCAAAAACACUAUUAUUUACCAUUGAUGUAAUUGAAACUCGUUAUAAAAAUAAUUUGUUUGAUGUUAUAAUUAAUUAACCACUUAAUUGAUUCAUGAUACUAAUGUAAAAAUAUCUACAAUAACAAGCUCUUAAUUUUAAUUGCCGAGCUUGGAAACUUGGCGUAAUUGUUGAACAUUAUUGUGUAAGUAAUGUUAAAUUUUGAUGAAUUGUUAAUGAGGCAUAGUAAUAAAUAAAUAAUUAAUCUUUUAUAGAAUUAUGUAUGUAUGUACUUUGUGGAAGGAAGUACAACACGGUCGAGGUAACUGCGUACUUGGCGGCCGUGACGUCACAUUGCCGCUGGGACGGACGGGGUGCGCAGUUAGCUCGAAACGGUUGUACUGUCCGCAAUUUUAGCAAAACAUUGUCAUAGAAUAUUAGUUGAUGAAAUCAAUAGUAUUAUAAAUAGAUCUGAAAUAAGAAAUAGAUUUGCCUGUAAUGUAAUCAGUUCGAAUAAAAUAAAGUUAAAUAGAUUUUGAUUGGUGCAAAUAUUAGUAUGUUAAUGUUAGUGUGCUGUGUACAUAAAUAUGCAUCGAAUAUAGGGUUAAUUUAUAGAAUGAAUAAAACAAGCUGCACAUACAAAUUAUAAUCAUUUAUUACUAUACAUUAGUAAUACUUUUAAUAGGCACUGGUUGCUUAUUCAUAGUAAAAAUAGUCAAUAUGUGCAUAUUUUAAAGAUCAGCUGGAGACAUAAGAGCAACUUUUACAAUCGCUUACUUCGGUACAAGUACUUACUUACAAUAUCAUUUGUGCAUGCUAUUAUGUCACCAGUUGAUUUUUAUAAUGCUGUUAACUAACAGUUAAUGGAAAAGGGAUGAUGACACCUGAUAGGCUGAUACACUUGUGUAGUGGUGUCCUCAUGCCUAUUGUAAAUGAAUAAAGAAUUAAAAACAUUUGUAUUUCAACUUACACAAGAUAUAUAGUCACUUCUUAAAUCUAAUCUCAGUUCAGUAUAAUGUAAAUCUUUAUAACAACAUAUAAUUUUUUUAAAUUCAAAAUUUUUAACAAAAAUGUCAUAGGAACUGGUUUUACAGUCAACAUUAAAUCUAUAAAUUUACUUAAUUACUAGAACCUGCUAGAAUACUCCACACGCCAAAGCCACAGUCGGUGACUUGAUGUUUUCAAUAUUAACAUAAUUAGAGAGGAGAAAAUAUAGCAGCCAACGCAUGUCAGGCGGGUCAGUGGUCUUUGGUGUGUGGACUCCUUAAGAUUUGUUAACAAAAACUACAGCAUAGUGUACUAUAUGUAUAUUCCAGUCUGGCCACAACUGCUCCUCAUUGCCUAAUAGUGGCAUACAUCGAUAUAUCUCAAUAAUAAUAAAAUUGUUCAUGUCCUUUAUUCUUUUUGUAAUACUUCUUGUUAUCCUUGUAUAGUCAGAGUUUAUUAUCCUACAUAUUAUCUUAGGUGCAUCAUCAAUGCAUGCCUUUCUUUCACACACCACACAUUUGGGCUGCAAAUGCUUCAACUGUUUUGUCCUACUACGUUUUCUUGAAGACCUGUAAGAAAGUUGUAUAAAAUAAAUUAAUUGUACUUAUUUGUUAUGGAAUAAACAUGAUUUUCACA